GAUAUUCCAUGCUCGCCAUUUUGCAAUGUGGGAGAGAGGGAGGCCACUUUUUUUUAUGACCAACGAAUAAAACAAAGCAGUUUUAUGUGUUGAGGACAAAGAGCGUCGAGCCGUUCCGUGUCAGUCAUGGAGGAGAUCAGCAAUGUAGCUGUACUCCACACACACUCCUCCGCUGCUGCUGCUGCUGCUGCUGCUGCUGCCUCCUCUUCCCCCUCCACUCCGCCGGCACUGGGAUCCCUCUCUGAAACCCAAGCCCAGCGAGAGGUAGAGGGGGUCGCCUCCCAGAGUUUUCAGCAGAGACAAGCUGCGGAUUCUCUCAUCCAGGUCAUCGAGAAGCUCAGCAAGAUUGUGGAGAAGCGGCCCCAGCGCCGCUGCACCUUGGCGGGACAGAAAAGAGCCUCUGCUGCAGGGGGUGGAGCUGCCGACGAGGGGGCGAGAGGGAGCAGAGGAGCCUCUCCCUGUAAGAAAAUUAAGAGGAACUGCAAGGGCCAGGAGAGCGCCGAGGAGGUGCGAUCAGACGGCAGCGCUCUUUCUUCGCCCGUGUCGGGUGACGGUAACAAUAACAACACUCCCUCCACGGUAACGGAGGUAGCGGGCGACCACAAACGGACAGUGACGUGCUACCAGUGCAGCAUGUGCCCCUACCUCUCCCAAACGCUGCCGCUGCUCAAAGAGCACCUGAAGCAACACAACGAGCAGCACAGCGACCUUAUCCUCAUGUGCUCCGAGUGUCGCUUCACCUCCAGAGACCAGGCAGAGCUGGAGGCCCACGUCAGGCUCCACUACGACAGCGGCGGCAACCCGGGGGGGGGCUCCACGCCGUCGGAUGCCUACAGCGAGGGCAAGGAAGAAGUUUUCAGAAAACGGGACGGGGACUGGACCCGGAGCGGUGGCAGCAUAGGAGCCGAGGUGAUCAAAACCUCACCGGACGCUUCCGAGGAGCUAACGCAGAAGAAGAAAUGGUACAGCUAUGAGGAGUACGGACUGUACCGCUGCCUGAUCUGCAGCUACGUCUGCAGCCAGCAACGAAUGCUUAAGACCCACGCGUGGAAGCACGCCGGCCUGGUCGACUGCUCGUACCCCAUCUUCGAGGACGAAGACGGGGCUACCGCGAGGAAAGAGGCCCAGGCUGCGGCUAACGCCGCCGCGACCCGAGAGGAAAUAGUUGUUCUUUCCCCAGUGCUUCAAGACAAAAGCCUGCAAAAGCUGCCCACUGCCUUCAAGCUCCAGCUUUGCGUGCCAAUGGCAUCCGAGAACAAACGGGAUGUGUCCAGUCGUCCGGCGUCCGAUCUCAACGAAAGUCCAAAAGCAGCAGAGGAAGAGGAGGAAAGCGUGUACCCUGUGAAAGACCUGAGCUCCGAGGAGCCCAUGGUGGAGGUGCAGGUGACGUCCGAGUCCGAGGUGGAGAUGGGUAGUCACCACGUUGGCGCCUCCGUCACGGACAGCUUACUGUCAUCCGCUCAGAAGAUUAUCAACAGCAGUCCCAACAGUGCCGGCCACAUCAACGUGAUUGUGGAGCGCCUUCCUUCAGCAGAGGACUCGGUCAUGGCGGCCAACCCGCUUCUUCUCAGCCCAGACAUGGACAGGGACAAGAACUUACUGGAUACAGAGGGGGAAGAGCGGUACCGUGCGGGAGCUGCGGAGGAUGAGGGUGUCCCUGGCUGCAGUGCGGGUAGCACCGCUGACAGCCAGCCAUCACGAGCUGAUAUCCAAUCCUCUGCAUCAGCUAUGGCUAGCGACUCUCCACGGGACGAAAACAUUCCCCCAGCCGGUCGCAAGAGGACACAUUCUGAGUCUCUCCGCCUGCACUCUCUGGCAGCCGAGGUCCUGGUAGCUAUGCCGAUGAGGACCCCGGAGCUCCCCGCCUCCAGCUCCAAGGUAAGUCUGAAGACCGUCACAGCCCAGGCGCAGAGCCCCAACACAGGCCAGAAACUGCUAGAGGUGACCACGACCUCUGACGCCGAGACGACCGCAGCUCUACUGGACUUGGAGCUGCACAGCGAGGACAGAGGGGAAGGUUUGGGUUCCCUGUGCCUGGGGGAGGGAGACGAGGAGGGCCCCGCCGCCAAAGCCGGCAUCAGCCUGUCACUGCUCACCGUCAUCGAACGGCUCCGAGAGCGCUCGGACCAGAACACCUCGGACGAGGACAUCUUGAAAGAGCUCCAGGACAACGCGCAGUUCCAGAACGGAGCCAUGGUCGCGGGAAGCGGGGCCGGGAACUACAUGUGUAGCAUCCCCGGAAUGGACGCGUUGGCCGCCUCUCCCGACGGCGGUCUGGUGGACUACAUCCCCGGCAGCGACAGGCCAUACCGGUGCCGCCUGUGUCGCUACAGCAGUGGCAACAAGGGCUACAUCAAGCAGCACCUGCGGGUGCACAGGCAGAGGCAGCCCUACCAGUGUCCCAUCUGUGAGCACAUCGCCUCGGACAGCAAGGACCUGGAGAGUCACAUGAUCCACCACUGUAAGACCAGGUUGUACCAGUGCAAACAGUGCCCAGAUGCCUUUCACUACAAGAGUCAGUUAAGAAAUCACGAAAGGGAGCACCGCAGCUUCAGUGGUGACAUGGCCGCCCUCACACCAGUCACUGAAACAGUGGCCAUGGUGGAGGAAGCUGAGCGGGUAACAGAUGAAGAAUGCGGUAUGCAGAAGAUGUAUAAGUGCGAUGUGUGCGACUACAUCAGCUCUACAUAUGUUGGAGUGAGGAACCACCGUCGGAUUCAUAACUCUGACAAGCCUUAUCGGUGCUGUAGCUGUGAUUUUGCCACCACCAACAUGAACAGUUUAAAGAGCCACAUGAGGAGGCACCCUCAGGAGCACCAGGCCGUGCAGCUACUGGAGCAGUACAGGUGCUCUCUGUGUGGCUAUGUGUGCAGUCAUCCCCCGUCACUCAAAUCCCACAUGUGGAAGCACGCCGGAGACCAGAACUACAACUACGAGCAAGUUAACAAAGCCAUUAACGAGGCCAUCUCCCAGAGCAGCCGAGCUCCUCAGAAGUUGUCGGCGGUGCUGGAGUCGGUGGCGGAGCGCCCCCCUGUGGCGGGCCAGCCCUCAAAGGACAAAGCAAAGGGCCCAGUGGAUCCACUGCCAACACCCACAUCAACGACGACAGCAGCAGCGGUAGCUGGCCUGGCUAUGGACAGCUCAGCAGGCCUGCACACACCCACCACAGACCCUUCACAGUGGCCUUGGGAAUCGGCAAGCCCGCAGGGGAAGGACCCUGCACGGCUCCAGCCUCAGUCCCAGAGCCAGCCACGCAGCGGCCAGGCCCCUGUCCCGGGCCCUGGAAUGGAAUACUGCGUGCUCUUGUUCUGCUGCUGUAUCUGUGGCUUUGAGUCCACCAGCAAAGAGCGGCUGAUGGAGCACAUGAAGGAGCAUGAGGGAGACAUCAUCAGCAUCAUCCUCAACAAGGAGCAGCAGGCAGAAGCACAGCCAGGCCUCCAAACAGCAGAGUGAGACCUGCCCCACCCCCCACCCCUCUCUUUCUAUAGAGAGGCAAAGUCCCUCCUGUUCCAGUGGACCACCAUGGGACCUUAAUUCAUAAAAAAAACAUGUACGGUAGUGAAUGGGGAGGGACUCAUUAUUUUCUGAUCCCGUUUGGAUAGAGCCAUGGAUUACACUUCAGACCUUCUUUAAUUUAAAAGAUAAUUUUGCAAGUGAAGAAAGUCUGUUUGUUGUAGUACCACUCAGUUUUGUGUGAAACCGCUUAGUAAACUACAUAGCUCAUCUCGCGCAGAAUUCGUCUCCUUGCUUGAUGCUUGGCUUUCGUUCGAUCUUUUUAUCAGCUGGCAAGCGAAAGAACGAGCGAGAUCUGUUGCGUAACGUUACAUCCCCGUAGGAGACAAACUUUAGCUUCACCCACGCGAAUUUGAAGUGUGUAAUCUUUCUAAUUACGUAUUUUCAGAGUCUUGUACUUCAACAGUUUUACGACAAACUUUAACCUUUCAAGAAACUUUCUUGACUUGGACAAUUAUCUUUUAAACUGACGAACAUCAUAAGUGUAAUUCAUGGCUCAAUUCAAACCGGAUCAAAAGAAUAAUUAGUCUCUCCCCGUUCACCACCGUACAUAUUUCUUUUCCGAAUUAAGGUCCAUUGAGGGUCCACCGGAAGGCGAGGGACUUAUAACACUGACCCUGCACUCUUACAAAGGUCUGCCGACCACAAAAGCAUUUCAUUAUGUUUCGAUACCUCAUGGUGGUUGCGCAGGAUAUCAAGGUGUAAAACAUGUCCCGUCUCGUGUAGGGUUGGGCAUCGUUUUUGAUUUUUUUUUUAAUCAGAUUUACAGUUUUACCACACUUUAGAGCGCCCGCUUCCUGUGCUCCAUGGCUGCAACACAACAAGCCGCUGGUCGUUACGGAAAACCAAACUUGCGCAUGUUAAAUUUGGAACCGAUGAUCGGAUUCAAAACCAAAUUUUCCAAACGAUUCCAUUGGAAUCAUGAUUUUUGAAAGGAUUCCAAGUUGGAACCGGUUCUCGAUGCCCAAUCCCGGUCUAGUGUACUAUAGUAGUUAAUUGUCAUUUCUCCGAACGUCCUCUGGUUAGGUCGGUUGUGCUGCGAUUACUGCUGUCCAACGCAGACACCUUGAACAGGUGUUGAAAAAUGAUGAAAUUAUUUUCUGAGUGGCAUAUCCUUUUUCUUUUUUUAAAGGAAUGUUAAAAAAAAAAAACUAAAAAAAAAACUGAAACUGUUAUAAGCAGUUUGUGUCAAAUAUCUUGACAUUAAAGCGACACGAAAAAAUGUCGAUUGAUUUCAAGGGACAAGCCCGAGCUCUAAGCCAAGUUUAUUUUUCAGUAUACAGGGACAAAGUUCAUACCUCACAAAACCAUACAAUCCCUCACCAGAAAUGGAAAGAAAAAAAAAAAUUCACAUAUUUUCCAGUCUACUUCAUAUAUGACUAGAAGGCAGCUCUUUUAAUGCUACUGUAAUAUUUAAUGUAUGUGAUCGGACACAGUGGAGGCUCUCGCCUAGUUAAGGAGGUACAUGUGCAUGUAUCACAGCUUGAAUAUGAUUUCAUAUUUAUCCGUUUUAUUUGUAUGCAUGUUUCUAUUAUGCCAAUUUAAAGAGGCAUAUGUUAAUUGCUAUUUUCAAUUUUUUUUAUUUUUCUAUGACUGACUGUAAUUUUUACUCGUUGGAUAAGGAAAUGUUCUAGUUCUCAAAGGAAGAGUGGAAGUAGAAAUGUGUCUGUGGUGAUCUGGCGACAGAGGGUUUUCGGAUUAGGUUUAUGUUGACAAAAGGAAUGAUCAAAAGGGAGGUUCUAGCCAGGGCUGUUAUUUUAAUGAAAUGGUGCCUAGAUGUUU